GGGCCAAGGGGGGUUUUUGCUUGCCAUGAAAGGCGACGACGGCUUUAAGAGACAGUGUAACUUAAAGUUAGACGAGGAACGCUACGAAAAGGUCUCUCAAUAUACCGCUUUGAAAAUAUCUCUCAAUGCGCUGAGUUUUGUGGACUACCAUCAUUUCACAAAAUACCAACAAUCUUUACGCGAUUACGUAAAAGAUUUUGAAGAUGAUACCUUUGUCGAGGCUUACAUAGACGCAAACGUAAAGAUGUAUAAAAAAAAGCCAAGGUUACUAGGGAAAAAAUAA